GUAAGUUGACUCACGCGAAAUUUUUGGCGGGGUGAUAAGAGGGCGGUACGACAACCUCCUUCUACUCCCACUUUAGCUCGAGUCGCCUACGAAAUCGUCAUAGCCUCGCCCGCCAGACUCCAAGUGCAGCAGGGCCGUGGUUAUUCGCCAAGAUGAGCAUUAACUUCCCCCAGGCAGAGGAAGAUGUUGUGCGCUUCUGGAGAGAGGUUGAUGCCUUUCAGACCCAACUGAGGCUCACCGAGGGACGCCAGCGCUUCACUUUCUACGAUGGCCCCCCUUUCGCGACUGGCCUGCCUCACUACGGCCAUCUUCUGACUUCCACGAUUAAGGACAUCAUACCCCGAUACUGGUCGAUGAAAGGGUACCAUGUUGUCCGUCGCUUCGGCUGGGACACACACGGGCUCCCGAUCGAAUACGAGAUCGACAAGACCCUCGGUGUGUCUGGCCGAGAUGCUGUGAUGAAGAUGGGCAUCGAAAAGUACAAUGCGGAAUGUAGAGCUAUCGUCAUGAGAUAUGCGACGGAAUGGAGGCAGACCAUCGAACGUCUCGGCCGCUGGAUAGAUUUCGACAACGAUUAUAAAUCCAUGGAUGUCACGUUCAUGGAAUCUUGUUGGUGGGGCUUCAAGCAGCUCUUCGAUAAGGACCAGGUGUACCGUGCCUACCAGAUCAUGCCCUUUUCGACGGCCCUCUGCACCCCGCUGAGCCACAUGGAGUCGAAGCAAAACGAGAAGACGACGCAGGACCCGGCAGUGUUGGUCGCUUUCCCAGUGCAGGGCAGAGAUGUGUCUUUGAUCAUCUACACGACGACGCCAUGGACCCUGCCAUCCAACCUCUUGAUCGCUGCUCACCCCAAUCUCGAGUACGUCGAGAUUCUAGAUGAAGAGUCGGGCAAGAAAUACGUCCUACUCGAGAGCGGCCUUUCCAUGCUGUACAAAGACAAGAAGAAGGCAAAAUAUAAGAUCGUCAGCAAGAUCCGAGGCAAGGACAUGAUCGGUUGGAAAUACGAGCCGUUGUUCCGCUACUUUGUCGACCAAUUUUCCGACUGUUUCCAAGUCAUCGGCGCGGAUUAUGUCGAAGCUGACGAAGGUACCGGCCUUGUGCACCAGGCCCCCGCAUUCGGCCAGGAAGAUUACGAUGCUGCGGUUGCUGCCGGCUUUAUACACCCGAAGCGGUUGCCGCCGUGCCCGGUCGAUGAGAAGGGGCUCUUUACGGCAGAGGUGGCCGAUUACGCCGGCCAGUAUGUGAAAUCCGCUGACAAGGCUAUAAUCCGGGACCUGAAAGAAACUGGUCGUUUGUUAGUUGCCACCCAGGUCUCCCACGUAGACAAGUUCUGCUGGCGGUCGGACACGCAGCUUAUCAGACGGGCUGUUUCUUCUUGGUUCAUAAAAGUUACCAAUUCUAUACCAGAUAUGCUCGCGAAUCUCGAAUCGACUACCUGGGUUCCCUCCUUUGUAAAAGAAAAACGAUUCGCUAACUGGAUCGCGAACGCGCAUGACUGGAACAUUGCCCGAAAUCGGUACUGGGGCACGCCGCUCCCGUUGUGGGUCAGCGAGGACUACGAAGAAGUUGUCUGCGUGGGGAGCAUUGCAGAGCUUAAGGAACUUAGUGGCUUUACGGGAGAAUUGGACGAUAUACAUCGAGACAAGAUCGACAAUAUAACGAUCCCCUCCAAGAAAGGCAAGGGGCAGCUGCGACGUGUCGAGGAGGUCUUCGACUGCUGGUUUGAGUCGGGAAGCAUGCCGUACGCUUCUAACCAUUUUCCUUUUGAGAACGCCGAAGAGUUCCACCGUGGAAAAUUCCCCGCUGAUUUCAUCGCCGAGGGGCUUGACCAAACGCGUGGUUGGUUUUACACGCUGACCGUUCUGGGAAAUAAGCUAUUUGACGUCUCGCCGUUCCGUGCAGUUAUUGUGAAUGGCUUGGUUCUAGCGGAAGACGGGAAGAAGAUGUCCAAAAGCCUCAAGAAUUAUCCGGAUCCGAAGGCCGUCAUCGAUAAGUAUGGCUCCGAUGCUCUACGACUUUACCUCAUCAACUCCCCCGUUGUUCGUGGCGAGCCUUUGCGUUUUAAGGAAGCAGGGGUUAAGGAAGUGGUAGCCAAAGUGCUUCUUCCUUUGUGGAACAGCUACCGCUUCUUUUACGAACAGGCGGCCCUCUUCAAGAAGACCACCGGCAGUGAUUUCGUUGCCCGCCUGCCAGAGACGACUAAUGUCAUGGAUCGGUGGAUUCUCGCGGACUGCCAGAGUAUGCUGCAGUUUAUCGACCAAGAGAUGGCGGGUUACCGGCUGUACACUGUCGUACCGCGCCUGCUGCUGGUGAUUGAUAAUUUGACGAAUUGGUAUAUUCGGUUCAACCGCAAGAGGCUGAAGGGAGCUGCUGGCCUGGAUUCCCGAGACACCAAAGCAGCCUUAGAUACGCUAUACCAAGUGCUCUUUACGCUAGUCCGCGCGUUGGCACCCUUCACGCCGUUCAUCACAGAGCACAUCUAUCAUCUCCUACAGCCCUACCUAAGCGAUGAUGUUCUCUCCGAGUUCGAGGACGCGCGAAGUGUCCACUUCCUCGCGUUCCCGACGGUGCAGGAGUCCCUCUUCGACGAAGUGAUUCAGAGAAAAGUGUCUGCCAUGCAGAAGGUCAUCCAACUUGGGAGGACGGCUCGAGAGCGCCAGACCAUCCCGUUGAAAACGCCACUUCUCACCCUCGUAGUCAUCGCCGACGCGCAGCACCUCGCGGAUAUCGAGGAGCUGCAGACGUACGUGAAAGAGGAGCUGAAUAUUCGAGAGAUUGUCCUCACAAAUGACGAAGAACGAUACGGCAUCCACCUCGAAGCCCGAGUCGACUGGCCGAACCUAGGCAAGAAGCUGAAGCGGGAUGCCCAAGUCGUCCGUAAGGCUCUGCCGGAUCUAACGCAGGAGGAGCUCAGGCAGUACCUGAAGGACGAAAAGAUAACCAUAAAGGGGAUCGAGCUAGAGGGGAGCGAUCUGACUAUCGUGCGGGUCUUGGCCAAGGACAAUCCCAACGUGGUGGGAAACGACGGAGUUCAGUACGAGCCAUCCUUCUCGGAGGACAUGAUCGUUCUUCUGGACACGGCAGCGCACCCGGAGCUGGUGGAUGACGGGAUCGCCCGCGAUGUUAUCACCCGCGUCCAGAAAAUGCGCAAGACAGCUGGCCUGGUCCCAACUGACGACAUUCGCAUGCAAUAUCACGUCGUUUCGAACCCCGACGGUGUCUCGUUUGAGACGUUGGUGUCUACUCGGCAAUCUCAAUUCGAGAGUACUGUGCGCGGGCCGCUGGAACCGUUUUCGGCGGCGGGCGAGACGACAGAAGUCGUUAUACUACAAGAAGAACACGUCGUUAGCAACUUGACGGUACUGCUAAGAUUAUGUCGAGUUUGAUGGGGUUUCCAGGACGUGGCAUGACGGGGGUCAUGAAAAAAAAAAGAGAAAAAAAAAAAAGAAGGCUAGGUCCCUUGAGGGUUGGAUCUAUAGUCAAGACGCUAGAGCUAAAUGCGACGAAUAAAUCACCAACACCGUGAAUUCUGACCGUGGUUUCCGAAGGGACAGAUUAGCUGAUAGGUACACGCAGCAGAGCAGAAGCUUAGCUAAGAAGGACGUUUGCCGCAUCUGCAGGGCUUAUCUGCGUUACGGGACGACUUCCGUGGUAUGGAACUUGGGUGAGAGGUAUCUAGAUACCUAGGUGGGUACGUUGGGUACCUACUUGGAGGUAUUGUAGCUUAGGAGGUGCAUGUACCUUAUUGUAGCGGGACUUACAUACAAGAGGUACCUAGGUACGCAUGUACAAUACCGAGGUACUUCGAGGUGGAUACUAUAAGGUGGGUGCAGUAAGGGGGUGAUCGGCCAGUGGCUGCCUCUUUCUGGUGGGAGUCAAUGCUGUCUCAGCACGGGGCGCUCGCCCUAGAGCCGCUUGGGAAUCGCAAUAGGAGAGCGUGUAAGAGCGA